AUGCCCGUUUCGCAGCUGGAUCCUGAUGAGGUUUCGUCGUUUAGCGUAGCCAGCGAUGACACCCUCGAACAGGCACUGCGCGAUGCAGUCGUGGAGAUGUAUAGUUCGGGAAGGUUUGACGACCUGACCGUGAAGCGCGUUCGAGGGGCAGCUGAAAGAGCCUUGAACCUAUACGAAGGAUUCUUCCGAAGAGAUCAGGGUUGGAAGCCAAAGAGUGAUGAGAUAAUUAAAGAUGAAGUGAAAUUACAGGAAGAAUUGCAUAAAGGGGAGGAUGGUGGACCAGCUCCCAUCGAAACAACAAACCCCAUAUCUCCUCUAUCGCCAAAGAAGUCCCAAUCGCCACUCGUUCAGACGUCGAUACCGGUUAAAAGGGCAGCGACAGGAUCAUCUCAAGCUGCGAAGAGGCGAAAGAAGACUCCAGCGCUAGGAAAUGACGGAGAUGGGUACUCUCUGCUGAGCAAAGCAAAGACGCCGCCAGAAAGCGAAGAGGAGCCAGCCGUCCAACCAAGCGAUUCUGAAACGCCGCGGAAAGUAACAGGGAGGAAGCCGAAAAGGGGUGGCCAGCCUGGGAACAAAGAUGAUAGCGAGACAAAGGGGUCGGAGACUGAAGUAUCUGGGGCGAUAGAAAAGGUCCCAAAACGUAGCCGGGGAAUAAGAAAGGCACCUGCGAAGAAACGGCAGACAGCGAUCCCUGACUCUGAUUCUGAAACCCAGGUGGAAGGGCCGGAGAAAGGCUCGCAACCUCAAAAGAAAGAUGUAGACGAACAGGAAGGGUCGGAGAGUGAGAUGUCAGUACUAGUCGAUGAAGCCCCUAAGCCCAAGAGGAAAACAGGAAAGGCUCCCACGAAGAAAGGAAAAACAGCCAAGCCCAACGCGAGCAAAAGCGUUGACGCUGACGAGGCGGAUAUCAAGGAAUUGCAACGAUGGUUGGGGAAGUGCGGAAUACGGAAGAGAUGGGCACGCGAGCUUGAGGGAUUUGAGACGGCCAAAGCGAAGAUAAGCCAUUUAAAGCAGAUGCUCAAAGAUGUUGGGAUGACAGGGCGAUACUCUGACGGAAAGGCCAAAGCUAUCAAGGAGAAGAGAGAACUGCAAGAAGACUUGGAAGAGGUCAUCGAAGGUGCAAUGAGAUGGGGGAAGACUGAAUCCGAUGGCAAAAAGGCCGCAUAUUCUACCCGCCGCCACGGAUCAUUGUGA